AUGUCAUCAUAUCCGCGUCAUUGUCUACGUCUCGCGCCCUCACUUAGAUCUCUAAGAGCUACAAACACAACCCUUCGACCAUCUCAUCAACAACCUAAGAUCCCAAUCGCAAGCUUCACGACCGUCCAGAUACCAAGAAGACACCAAAUCAACAUUCAUCACCAACACCACCAACAGCACCAACACCAUCUCAAGCUUAACCAAAAAAGACCCUUCUCCGCCACAGCCAAAAUGUCCGACGGCAGAGACAACAGCAAAAACGAAGACUGGAAGACGCAGGCCCCGUACCUGCCGCCGGACCAGGCCACGCCCGAGGGCGAACCGUUCGAGAAGGUGAUGCGGGGGGAGUGCCACUGCGGCCAGGUGUCGUACUGGCUGCGGCGCGACAGGCCCCUCGCGUCCAAGUUCUGCCACUGCCGCGACUGCCAAAAGAUGCACGGCGCGCCGUUCCAGUGGGCCGCGAUAUUCCACAAGGAGGACCUCGCGUUCGAGCGCGGCGUCGACGGCUUGCAGUUUUACAAGUCGAGCGAGCACAAGGCCGAGCACGACUUGCCCUGCAAGGUCAGCUGCGGCAAGUGCGGGAGCAGGAUCCUGGACGAGGGGAGGAACAUGGUUCUCUUGUUCCCUGGCCUGUUGCACUUUGACGGAAAGGAGAAGAGGGAGAGGUUUGACGUUCAGAUGCAUAUUUUCUACGGUCAAAGAGUGGUGGAUAUGCCUGAUGGCAAGCCUAAAUGGAGUGGUCUUGAUGAGCAAAGUGAGCAGAUGGAUGAGGAUGUCGUCCGGGUUAAGCACGAAUAA